GUGCACCAUGUGGGGCCCAGGACAUGCCUUGCGCGGGCAGGAUGCGAGCUGUGUGGAUCAUGCAGUCACAGUGCUAGAUUCUGCACAGCUGCAGACGGAGAGGUUCUUUUUCUUUGGGCUGGUGUGCUAUUUCCUGGCCUGCAUUUGCUUGGUUUGUCUCCUCUUCGACUUCAAGGGGCGAGUGUUGGUUUGCUCCAUCUUCACGGUCACACUACUUUGGCUCUCAUGCAAGGUCGCAAAGAUCCGACGAGUGCUGAUGCCAGAGAAGUGGGUGGCACCUGCCUCGCUUCAGAGAAGUGAAGUGUUUGCCGAUUUGUUUGACAGUUUGGGGUCAUGAUUUAGGGUACGUACUAGUAUUCCUGGAUGCCCCAUUUCUCGGAAGAGCCGUUUCACUGAUUCCAAUCUGACUGCGGGGCCUCUUCUGGACGUGUGGAACGAGUGAGGAUGACCGGCUACCAGGGCGGUUUUCGCACAGCUCAGCUGGUUCAACAAAAAUGCAACAAAUUUGGAGCCUCCCAGUCGAUCAUUCCACAGCUGACCACAUACACCCUACGAGAACGAGACUUUCCUGAAAACAUCACUCAGAUUUCAUGUUCUCCUCCUUGUGCUGUGAAACGUCCUUGUAACUCAAACGGAGUUCCAGUACAGGGCGCUGAACAAGCUGGCCAGUUUCCAAUACACCACUAAAAAAAAAAAAAAAAAACACUUCAGCAGGAUUCAGAUUUUUGGUUUGAGAUCCACUUCAGUCGGAUUUCCCUGUAACUCCUGGCCAUCGACCCACGGGUGUCUUCAGACGGACCACCCCCGGAGAAGACGACGCAGCCGCGACAGACCACUGGACACCUCAACUGCAAGCGAGUGAAGAUCGGGGAGCUCAUGGGUCACCUGGUUGUACUGGGCAUGGCGGCAUGGAGAAGGGCAUGGAGAAGGGCGCUAAGCUAGCUGCGGGGGUUCAGUAAGCUUCUGGGUGACCCCCGUGCGAAGCUUUGGAUUGCUUGGGCCCCUUCAGGGCAAGCGAGGCCAGAGGCUUCACCUCCCAAAGGAACAUCUCACCAACAAAACAUCAAACACCUUCCUACAUUGGUCGGGGCCCAGCCCGUCACACAGCAGGUACGGCUGUCUCCAGUAUGUAAGCAAGGCGGACACACUGACCAACAAGAAGGGAGACAAGACCGG